AUGUCUUUUAAUAAAUUAUCACAGGAAAGAAUACAAUUUGUGCGUAAAGCUUAUUUUGAAAUAUUUAAUAAUGCUAUGUCAAUUGCACAAGAUGUUUAUAAUAAUAGUUCAUCAAAUUCAUCAAAUAUAUCUCCUAUAAAAAUUCAAUUAUUUAAACUUUUGAUUGGCUAG